AUGGGGUUUUUAACGUGUAACCGAUCUAAAAGAUGUUUAAAGGACUUUAAAAGUCAAAGAUCUUUGAAAAGAGCCCGCCUAGAGCCGGCAAGAAAACUGGGGAUCGAGAGUUUGCCUGUGGAGCUUCUUGAAGUCAUUCUAGUGCAGAGCUCGAAUUUUGCCCUGCCCCAAGCAUCUCCAACUCUUGCCCAGAGAUUGAGAAAAACCCCUUUGCUUGCAGAGUAUAUGAUCCGCGGGCAGAUGCUGGAAUCCGGGCAAUUACCCACCCAGGUCACCGCAUGGCCGUUUGUCACUCGUGAGCUUUUAGAACGCAUUGGCAUUAUCGACUUCGACUCUCCGCAUAUCCCGAAGUCGCUUCAAGAGAGCUCCUCCCCAGCAUCACUUGAUUUAAUUAUUUAUUUGGUCCGCUGUGGCUGCAUUCCCGACGACGCCGACAUUUUGUAUUCCGAACUAUUGAGAAAUGGGCGUGUGAGCGACGUCGAGCUUCUAAUAUCCCGCAAUAUCGCUUGUAAACAGGGAGCAGCAAUUCAGGCUAUGGAACUAAACUACCAUGACCUAGCAGAGAAGCUCGUGGAAGCUGCUGGCGCUCACUCUCUCACUCUCGCCGACGCAGAGCAGCUUUGGGCCUACGCAUCACAGACUGAAAACAAAACCAUUCUCAAUCGCCUUAUGGAGAUUGAAGCAGAGCAUAGCAUAUAG